UCUUUGCACUUUUCAACCCAAAUGCUUUUACGCGUAAUAUGGUGAGCUUUUUAAUGCGUCGAAACGCGUUCAAAAUAAUAAUAAUUUCUAAACACGUCCUGGGAAGUGUCAGAUUUGGAUUGCGACUUUGAGAUUUUAUCGCUGCUUUAGUUCUUCUUUUGACGCACGUAGUUUGUGACACUCUCAGUCUUGAGAGCGUGGACGAUUUGUUUGAUACGACGUAAAAUGGAAUCGCAAACAAUUUAAAAUGUCCCAAAGUAAAGCAAGUUUGGCCCAUAUGUUCGGAGUUUGCUCAUGUGUGAUUUCACACCUCCGCACCGUGGCGCAUGGAGACACUUGGCGACGCGUCAAAAGUCCAAUUUGGCGCUCGGCUCGAGCAGCCUGUUAAAUAGCUGCAUCCGCUUCAUGACGCACCCACUUUGCAACAUCGCGACUUCUCGACGGGACGAACUCGGCUCGGACCGCCAGCGGCAUCUUCGCUCUUCUUUGCAAACAUGAACGCUCGCGGUGGAUUUAAUCUUUUGGUGCCUCACGACAACGACGCGAACCAAGCGUCCAACAUGUGGAGACCUUGGAUUAGAACCGAGACGACAACUUCCAUACUUAUGGUAAAUUUGACUUCAUUGCACAUUCGUGAAUAUAUUUUGCACGGAUGGAAAAGUCUAAUGAAGACCUUCAACUUUCAGGCUCCUUUCAAUCCUGCUGAAGCGCAACCCAAACCAGCCCUUUUCGUUCAUCCAGUCAAGUUGUACUGGCCCAAAACCAAAUGCUUUGAUUAUCUGUACCGGGAAGCCGAGAUACUCCUUCGGAACUACCCGGUCCAAGCCACCAUCUGCCCCUGUGAAGACUCUUCCUCCAGUGAAGAAGAUACAGAGGAAAACGAGGAUGAUGAAGAUGAGGAAGAGGAGGAAGAAGUGCUGAUAGAGAUGCCAAAGGAGCUCAACUAACAUUUCCAAUGAUGCGCAUAGUGUGUUAAUAUAUUUCCUAUUCCUAUUUAUUGCUGUAAAUAAUUGUAUAUAGCCCAUUACUCAUUUUUUA